AUGAAACAGAUCUCCCUCGACCACCGCAACCAUCACAAUCACAUACACAACCACCACCGCGGACCUUUGACUGACAACAUGGCUUCUGAAGAAAUCUGUCCUGUAUGCAAAAGUAGUCGCUACUUGAAUGCCAGCCUGCGCUUCCUCGUAAACCCAGCAUGCUACCACAAGAUGUGCGAGUCCUGCGUGGACCGCUUGUUUUCGCAUGGUCCACAACCAUGUCCCAUACCUGGCUGCAGAGAGACAUUGCGAAAAAAUCGAUUCCGCAAGCAGACGUUCGAGGACAUCCAAGUCGAGCGCGAAGUUGAUAUUAGGAGGAAAGUUGCUUCUGUCUUCAAUCGCCGCGAGGACGAGUUCGAGACUAUACGCGACUACAACGACUACCUUAAUGACGUCGAAGAUAUCACAUUCAACCUCAUCAAUAAGAUCGAUUUGGAGGAGACCGAGCGCAGAUUCGAGCAGUACGAGAAAGCCCAUCAAGCCGAGAUUGCGGAAAAUGCUUCGCUAGCACAGCAGGAGAGCAUCAACCUCGUCAUCAAGGGUCUUAAGGCCAAAGUAAAGGCUGAACCAGAAGCUCCAAUUGACCCAUUCGGUGGCCUUAGCUUCGAGGGCAUGAAGUACUACAACGUUCAAGAUCGGUACGUCUGGGAUAUUCUGGAAAGCGCAGAAAGGGAUUCGAAGGUCACUUCUGGAGGCUAUGAAGUUGCAUCUUUCACGCAACGAGCAUUGUGCGAGGCGUUCAGUGGUUUGGGUUGCUUCGUCGCGGACGCGGCGACAGAAAAGGAGAAGUCUGUUCAAGACGACCAGACUAUGGUUACGAGGAGCGCCGAGGCUAUGGGGGCGCAGGAUGUCAAAAUGGAAGAUCCAUUUGAUUAG